GCACUUCCAGGAUCGAUCCCAGAAGAUGGAUUGCUUACUGCCGGACCCGGAGUAAGUCCCGGAGCUGAAGGCGGAAAAAGGGAAGCGGAUUUGAAGCCAGUUCCUCUACAUGUAGGGAACAAGCACCAAUCUCGACUCUCCAGAGGAACUGAGAAUUUCUGGGUCUCCUUCCACUCUGGUUCUGUGGCUGCUUCUCCAAGUGGUGCCUUGGAGUUUCUAGCUGGCACCAUUACCUCCAACGAGUGGAGUUCUCCCACCUCCCCUGAGGGGAGCAACGACUCGGGGGGCAGCGAGGCCUUGGACAAGCCCAUCGACAAUGAUGCCGAGGGUGUGUGGAGUCCGGACAUUGAGCAGAGCUUCCAGGAAGCGUUAGCCAUCUACCCGCCAUGCGGACGGCGGAAGAUCAUCCUGUCGGACGAAGGCAAGAUGUACGGCCGAAAUGAGCUGAUUGCCCGCUAUAUUAAACUGAGAACAGGGAAAACGCGCACAAGGAAACAGGUGUCUAGUCACAUCCAGGUGCUGGCGCGUCGGAAAGCCCGGGAGAUCCAAGCCAAGCUAAAGGAUCAGGCAGCUAAAGAUAAAGCCAUGCAGAGUAUGGCUACAAUGUCAUCUGCCCAGAUCAUCUCUGCAACCGCCUUCCACAGUAAAAUGGUAUUGCCUGGCCUCCCACGACCAGCCUACCCUGCUGUGUCUGGGUUUUGGCAAGGAGCUUUGCCAGGCCAAGCUGGAUCCUCUCACGACGUGAAACCUUUUUCUCCACAAACCUAUGCUGUUCAACCUCCACUCCCGUUACCAGGGUUUGAGUCUCCUGCUGGCCUCUCACCUUCCCCGGCGGCUCCACCUUGGCAGGGGCGAAGGGUUGCCAGCUCCAAACUUUGGAUGUUAGAAUUCUCUGCAUUCUUGGAACAACAACAAGACCAAGACACGUAUAACAAGCACCUGUUUGUUCACAUUGGCCAGUCAAGCCCCAGCUACAGUGACCCCUACCUCGAGGCAGUAGACAUCCGGCAGAUCUAUGACAAGUUCCCUGAGAAGAAAGGAGGCCUGAAGGAGCUCUUUGAAAAGGGGCCACCCAACGCCUUCUUCCUUGUCAAGUUCUGGGCUGAUUUGAACACCAACAUUGAAGAUGAAUCCAGAUCUUUCUAUGGUGUUUCCAGCCAAUACGAAAGCCCAGAAAACAUGAUCAUUACCUGCUCCACUAAAGUGUGCUCCUUCGGAAAGCAGGUGGUGGAGAAAGUGGAGACGGAGUAUGCUCACUAUGAAAAUGGACACUAUUCCUAUCGCAUCCACCGCUCCCCUCUAUGUGAAUACAUGAUUAAUUUCAUCCAUAAACUCAAACAUCUCCCAGAGAAAUACACGAUGAACAGCGUGCUGGAGAACUUUACUAUUUUACAGGUUGUGACGAACAGGGACACUCAAGAGACCUUGCUGUGCAUAGCGUAUGUUUUUGAGGUGUCAGCUAGUGAACAUGGUGCCCAGCAUCACAUCUACCGGCUGGUGAAGGACUAGAGAUUCUCUGCCCAGGAACUGCCUCCGUGAAUGUAUAUCUGAGUGAAACGCCCGUGCCUAACCCCCGAUACCAAUCCGAAAAAUAAACUGCAGACGUGGUGUAUUUUCAGAAAAGAAUCUUAGAGCUAGUUUGUG